GAAACAUUUAGAGUGAAACAAGAAGAUACUGAGGAACAAAAAGGUGAUUCUUCGGAAGAGAGGGAUAAAGGCUCAAAUUUAAGCAAAGAAAAAUGUUGAGCUCCUACCUUCGCCCCACUACCGGCACCCAUCAUAUCAUAACAGGAUUGUCAGCGAGAGAACGCAGUGAGGUCGAAGAAUGCAGUGCGAGUUGUUCCUCAUCCAUACCAGCUGCGACUGCUUCUGCUGAUUCCGGAUCAUCCACCAACGAAGACAACACCCCAACAUUAAUUAAACCAACAUGAAAGAAGAGAGUGAAGAACUGAAGAAAAAUGAAGAAAAAUAUCAAGAUGAGGAUCAUCAUGAUUUAAUAACUCAAGUAAAAUCUUUUAGUUUUGAUAAACAUGGGAAACUUAAAGUUCGCAUAACAAUUCACAAGGGAGAAAAACCUUACACAUGCCCACAGUGUGGAAAAAGUUUUAAUCUUAAAGCACACUUUGAAGAACACAUGAGAAUUCAUACAGGAGAGAGCCCUUACCCCUGUCAACAGUGUGGAAACAAAUUUACUCAAAAAGGAAGCCUUAAAAGGCACAUGAGAAUUCACACUGGAGAGAAGCCUUACACCUGCCAACAGUGUGGAAAGAGUUUCAGACAACAUGGAAACCUUACAGACCACAUGAAAGUUCACUCUGGAGAGAAGCCUUACACCUGCCAUGAGUGUGGAAAAAGUUUCAAUCGAAAAGGAAACCUUAAUUGCCACAUGAGAAUUCACACUAAAAAGAGCCUUUUCACCUGCCAACAGUGUGGAAUGAGUUUCACUAUUAAAGGAAACCUUAACAGCCACAUGAAAAUUCACACUGGAGAAAAGCCUUACACAUGCCUUCAAUGUGGAAAGAGUUUUAAUCAACAUGAAAACCUUGACGUUCACAUGGUGAGAGUUCACCCUGAAGAGAAGCUUUACACAUGCCCUCAGUGUGAAAAGAGUUUCAAUCAAAAAGGACACUUUGAAGUCCACAUGAGAGCUCACUCUGAAGAGAAGCUUUACACAUGCCCCCAGUGUGAAAAAUGUUUCAAUCAGAAAGGACACUUUGAAGACCACAUAAGAAUUCACACUGGAGAGAGGCCUUUUACCUGCCAACAGUGUGGGAAAGGUUUCAACCGAAAAGGAAUCCUUAACAGGCACAAAAGAAUUCACACUGGAGAGAAGCCGUUUAUAUGUGGGCACUGUGGAAUGUGUUUCCAAUAUAAAGUAACUCUAAAAUACCACAUGAGGAUUCACUUAUGAGAGGACUGUUUUUUACUGUUUUAUAUUUUAUCAGUGUGAAAGGAGUUUCACAGACAGGAAAAACCCAUUAGGAAUCAUUUAAUAACUCUGUCGUGUUCCAUCACUGUGGAAAGGUGAACAAAGGAACAAGAAACAUAGAAAACCUUGAGGCUUUUUUCUAUUCCAAUUUCUAUUUUCUUCUCAAAACUCAGAAUUACUCAGACUGUUACAUGAAAUGGAUAUAUAUAUAAGACCAAACAUUAAAAAAAAUAUUUAUUUAGAACAUUUUUUUAAAAUGUAUAUAAAUAUUACGUGAAUGUUGUGUAACAACUUAUAACCACAACUAAAGUGAAGCCACAAAGUGUGGUCAUGCUUCAUUUCAAAUCUGAGGAUGAUGUCUUUAAAACUAUGCAUUCUGUGAAUAAAUUCAUAAGAUCAUGUUGUGAGUUUUUAGAGAAGGCUGAUAAAUGCUAAUUAAAUAUGUUAUUGCCCUGUGAA